UUCUGAGCCACCGCCACGCCUACCUAGAAUUUCUGCAAUUAACAAGAAAAGCCAAAUGAGAAAGAGCCAGGUUGAUGAGCUUCAUGAAGAGCGUCAGACCUCCACAAAAGGAAUAUCCUUCGCAUUCGAGACAACGGAAGAUUAUUUUGAUAAUUAUCUCGACCAAUGCAUCCAAAACGAACGUAGCAAAGUUGCCCAAGAAAAUAAAGAAAUUAAAGAGGAACGCAAGAUGUCUGAAGCAGUAAAAAUUAAGAUAAUUCCAGACGAAGAGCCUGACUCUCCAGAUACUGAGAGCGAAGAUGAUCCAGAGGAGAGCAAAUAUCAAUCCAAGAAGAUCCAGAUUAUCAAGAAGUUCCUCAAACUCAAGAGUUACAGACCUGAUGGUGCCUGCCAGAACGAAAUCGAAGAUAAGUAUGAAACUCGUGAAAUGGUGAUCGCUGAUUCCCCUACUAAAAGACCUAAAGAGAAAAAGUUCCCUUUCAUGGUUUGAAUGGAUCCAGAUAUGAAACAGUUUUACCGUAUAAAUCUCAAGACUCUUGAGUGGAACUAUGAAAUUAUCCCAGACAAAGAAUUAGGAGAUUCUCUGAGGCAAAGAGCAAUCAAUACACUUAGAGUUAUUAAAUUGAUUACCAAUAGCUCAGAGCAGCGUAAAUUCUAUUGGAAAUAUCAAUCAGAAGCUGAGUACUUCAAGGUCAGGAAAUUCAUCAAGCCAGAUCAAGGUGAAGAGGAAGAUACUAAUGAUGAAUUUGAGAGCAUAUUCUCCCAUAAAGCAGAAAUACCAUUUAAGGCAUUGCUUAAUAGAGAAAUCUCAGAGUACCCUGUCAAAAUUGUCCAAGAAGGGGAUCCAAAUUAUUGUGAUGCAUACGAUAAGAUGAUCUUCUUCCAAGUAGACACAUCCGAGUAUGAUGACAUACUCAGCACCUCUCUAGGAAGCAGGUUUGGAUCAAAACUCUUAGGAGUCACAUGCUCAUGUGACGCUAAGGCUUUAGACUUGAUCACAGAAGUUAAGAAGAAGAUAUUACAGACUCAUAAAAUAGAACUAACAAGUAGAGAUGAAUCUAAAGGACUUGCUGUCAAGUUCUCUGGAGCUUCAGAUUACAUUCUUGGCUCAUAUAGCCUGAAGCAAUACAGAAAGAUUAAUAUUGAGCUUUGGAAGGCAACUCCGAUAGUACAAAUCAUGAUCACUGAGGUUCCAAUAAACCAAAAGGAUAGGAACUUUCCUCCCCUCUACUUCAUGAGGCCAGGGACGGAAUUUAAUUUCAAAAAAUUACAGAACUCUUCGCUAAUGUAUCUCUACCCUCCAAAGAAGGAAGAAAUGAAAGUUAAUCCUCUUGAACAGCCUUUAGAUUGAGUCUACAAAAAUGAAGAUGAUGAGAAAGUGCUGAAACAACUUCCCUCAUUCCUCAAUCAAGACAGAAACCUUAGAUAUUUCAAGACAAGGAAUUCUAUCCUUAAAAGAAGAGUAAAGAGCUCUCCUCUAAAAUCAAGCCAGUUAUUAAGCCCAUUUAGGUUCAAGCUUGUAGGCUUUGAUAGGCUCUGGACUGUCUUCGACUGAUUAUUAUACAAAGAUACUGAGAAGAUGCAACAGGAGAUGGACCGAAACAAUUUCAUGCUCCAACCUCAAUUUCUCAAGCCUCUUAAAGAUAAAGAGAGCUUCAUUCUUGAUAGUUGAGUAAGCAAGAGUAUUUUAUCUCGAUAUCUGGAGGAUUCCACCACAAAGUUAAAGGAUUUUUGCUCUAAUUUCAACAACUUUGGUUGCAACUAUGACAAGAAUUAUGUGUUCAAAAUACUUGAGUUUGAAGAUAAAUCAUAUGUUCCGGUCAAGAUGUACCUGAAGUGUCACUUAUAUCAUGGAUCGCAGCUGCUGUCUAACCCUGUAUACACAAAGAAGGUGUAUUACUCCAACAACACUAGAAUUAAUCAGUGGAUUCAGUUUGGGGAUAUAAGAUACUGUGACCUUCCCAGGAAUGCUAAAAUUUGAAUCGAUAUAGUCUGAGAGACGAUAGAGCCAAAGCAUUAUAAGCAUGAUACCCAAAAGCGCCUCUCUAACAUCAACAUAAGGGAGAGUAACGCUUUUGAUAUUAAUAAGAUAUAUAUGAAAGGGAUUGAUCUCUACAUUGGGUCUGUUAGCUUCAACCUUUUUGAUCACACUGGGAAGUUCAAGAAUUCCUCCACAGAAUUUAAUGUAUGGCCUUUCUACACCCAUGAUGCACAACUGGGCUGAAUGAAGGAGUACCAUGGAGUCUCAGCUAAAAUUUUCAAGGCUAAGGCCAAGAAGCGUGAGGAGUGCCACUCAAGGUUAUUCCUUGAAUUUGAAAAAUUUCAUAAAAAUGUAUAUCAUGAAAUCAGAAAAAUUCAAUCAGAUUGACAUUUCGUUCAUUUCUCUGAUGAAAAUAUUAAGGAAGAAGAUGAGCAGUACCUAAUGCCUAAAGACAUUACAAUGAUGGACACUUUAAAACCCAAGAAGGUAUCCAAAGGGGACAUAGAUUUUUGCAAAACGACUAUCCUGAAAAACCCAAUACAGGAACUUACAGAUCAACAGAAGAGAUUCUUGUUUCUCUGAAGAUAUAAAUUUGUUAAAACUUCCAGGAACUUACCUACAUUUCUCAAAUGAAUAGAUUGGACGAAUCCUUUCCAGAUAACAGAGGGGCAUGAGUUACUCAACCAAUGGAAACAAAUGAAUCCUGAGAAUGCACUCUAUCUGUUGGGUGAUAAGUUCUCGGACAAAGUUAUCAGGGACUAUGCGAUAUCCCUUCUAUCCGAGCUCAGUGAGGAGAAGUUCUACUUCUAUACUCCCCAGCUCACCCAAGCAUUGGUGUAUGAAGAUUAUCACUCAAGUGCACUCUGCGAUCUUUUGCUAAAAAGGGCAUUAGAGUGCCCUUAUAGCAUUGGACAUGCUUUCUUCUGGUAUCUCAAGUCGAACCUGCACGUUGUAAUCACAUAUGAACGAUACUCAUUGAUAAUUGAACAAUUCUGAAUGAUGUGAGGGCGAUACCUGAACCAUCUAACAACUGAAAUUAGAGUGAACAACCUUCUCGCAGAUGUUAGUGGUCAAGUCAAAGAGCUUAAAACCACUGAGAAAAUGAAAAAGAAAGAAAUCAGAGGGCUUGCCAUUGAGAUGCUUCAUGAAGGGACAACUCUACUUCCUAGCACCUUUAGGCUGACUAUUGACAACGAAAUACUUUGUACAGGAUUUAAUGAUAGAGGAUUCAACAUUUUCUCAUCAAAGAAAAUGCCAUUGCUUCUUGAACUCAAGAAUGCAGACGUAAAUGCACCUCCAAUUCGAACCAUCUUCAAAAACGGAGACGAUCUGAGGCAAGAUAUGCUCACUCUACAAGCUAUCAAGCUGAUCGAUGAGAUAUGGAAGGAGAACGGCCUCGACCUAUGCCUAGCUCCUUACCAAGUUAUUGGGACUGGAUUUGAACAAGGUUUCCUAGAGUUCGUAGGCGAUUCUGUCACAAUAGCAGAGAUUCAAUACAAAAAGAGUAUCUGGAACACUUUUUCUGAAAAUUCUAUUAAAAAUUUCUUAGUCCAGAACUUCAAGGAGAGACUGAAGGACACACCUCAUAAAGUACACUCUGAACUUAAGAGAGUGCAUGAAAACUUUAUAAAAUCUACAGCUGGAUACUGUGUGAUCUCAUAUGUUCUGGGACUUGGAGAUAGACACCCCGACAACAUAAUGGUCAAUAAGAAUGAUGGCAACCUAUUCCAUAUAGAUUUUGGUCAUUUCCUUGGAAAUAUCAAGAAAAAGUAUGGAAUCAAACGUGAAAGAGACCCCUUCGUCUUUACCAAAGAGAUGGCUAAGUUUAUCAAAACUGAUGUCCAUAAACUCAUAUCGGCUGUUGAGGGAAAGAAGAGGAAAAACAGCAAUCAGAAUUAUCCCUACCUCGAUAUAGAAGAGAAUGAUGUCCUUGGAAUGCGCAAAGUUGACAGCAAUGGCAGAGCUUCAGCAAUCUAUAAGGAAUCCGCUUUUGAUGAAAUUUUUGGCUCAAAGCUUAAAAAUGAGUGAGUAGAUGAUAACUUCUAUACUUUCAUUAAGCUUUGUUGUGAUUCAUUUAAUAUUCUCAGAAAGAACUCAAGAAGAUUGAUAAAUUUGUUCUCCUUAAUGACCUCAGCUGGAAUGCCUGAACUCUAUAAAGAUGAACACAUUGAAUACCUUGUUAACGCCUUAGUUCUUGAAUACACUGAUGCAGAGGCAUCAGUCCUAUUCCAGAAAGAAAUAAAGAAGGCUUUGGCAACUUGGUCUCGAAGAGUUGACAACUUCAUACACAACGUCAAGGCUAAAUACCUCUAAUUCAAUAUUUACUAG